GGAGUUGAAAACUUAUUUUCUGAUACGAGUUAGCGGGAAUGGUCAAGUAUGGAUUGGGUCACUGUUGGUUUGAUCUCAUUAAUAUGUGUUAAUUUUAUAAAAACUAGAGAAUUGCUUCAAAAUGGUCAAAAUUAUUCAGAAUGUACCUCUCCACUCGGCCUGGAAAAUGGUGCUAUUUAUGACGAUGCUAUCAGUUGUACUAUACCACCAAGUGUGACAAAUGACAAUGCUUGUGCAAAUAAGUGCAAAUAUGUGCGCUACAAUAUUUCUUCUAGUAAAAGUUAUUGGUGUGGUAGCUACGAUAACAAUAGCUAUGGUUAUUACAAAGUUAAUUUGAAUCAGUUCAGCCUUAUCACUGGCUUUGCUGUCGAGUCUGGAAAAACAUGUUUGCAUUGUGGAAUAAAGACAAUUAAAUUUGGCUAUGAGUCUGAAAGAAAUGGCUUUAAUUCAACUGUGUUUAAAUUAAGCAAUGAUGAAAACUAUGUUUGGUUUGAUAAAGCUAUAAUCACGAAGGAAGUUUCUUUUAUCCCAAUUGAAUACAAUUACACUUUUCCGUACUUUUAUGCAAGAUUUGAGCUUUAUGGUUGCCCUUAUUGGGGAUAUGCUUCCCCUGUUGGUCUACAAAGUGGCCUCAUAAGUGAUGCGCAAAUGUCACAUGGCGGGACUGAAAUUACUAAUUACUUAAAUGCAAAUGCUGCAAGGUUGAAUACAGCUCGAUUUGAAGGUUGGAGAAUUUCAGGAAGUGACUACUACCAAACAGAAACUGAGAAAAAGGUUUGGCUUGGAAUUGAUUUAGGUCGAAAAAGAAAACUGACUUCUAUUGUUGUUCGUAAAUUUAAAUACACAAGUGACUACUCCACAACAGGAUUUUUUAUAUACUAUGGGGAAUCUUAUUGGUCCAAGAAGCCAUACACUGGUGUUCAGAAGAAAGAUUUCUACUAUCCGACGAACAAACCAGUGGCUGUCUGGUCCACAUAUGCUGAUGGGGAAGGAGAUUCAAGAUAUAUCUUUAAAUAUCCUUUGAUUGCAGAAUAUAUUGAGUUUUACCCAAGAUGCCAACCAUGCAAAUCCUCUAUGAGUGUGGAGUUAUAUGAGGAGUCAAUUACAAAACCUUCCCAUCAUUGGCCAUUAACUGGAUCUUUUGAAGAUAAACAGAGUAUGCAAGAUUUUUCUCCUGUUGAAGGAGCAUAUCUAGAAUCAGAUGGUUUGGUUAUUAACUCGACAUUGAAAUCUCAGUUAAAGACACUACCUUAUGAUUCAGAUGAUUGCAUUGUAAACCCUGACAAUUGUGGUUCGGGUCUUACUGUUUCUUUUUCUGCGAAGGUGACUGACAUUCCAAAUGGAACGAUGCAAACCGAUCUUGUAAUGCCCUUGUCAGCAGUAUUGGAUGGAACAUGCUCAAAUAACGAAGCAGAUUUUAAUUUAAACAAGAAAUUAGGUUUAUACAUUAAAGAAGUUAACAAUGCACGAGGUGCAACAGUCUUAUCAACUACUAAUAUGUUGAUAUCUUCUUUUGGGUCUGCUGAUGAAGUCUUCAAGUUAAAAGCUACGAUGUAUAUCAAUAAAUCACAAGAUUUUGUUGCUUUUUGUGAAUAUAAUAGUUUAUCCAUUCAAGAAAAUAGGUCAGGCAUUGUAUUAGUUAAAGGAGCUUUCGACUCAUACAGGAUUGUUGGUAUGUCAACAUUAUUGCAAGCUGUUUUUAACAUGCCAAAUUGGCAUUAUGGAACAUCACUGGUCAUUGUUUUCGAACCUUUUAAUGGAGAGGAGAAAGAUAUUGCUUUGUCUGGUAAGACAUGGAAGCUAAACAAACAUGUCAAUCUUGAAUGUUACGAGUUGCAAUACGGAAGUCCAAUACCACUAAAAUUUUCACAACCUGGAGUAUCUUGUGCAGACAAUGCUCUCACAGCAACGGCAGCAAGUUUUGAUGUACAAGAUCAGUGGAGAAACUGUCAUGGUCCUGAAAAUUAUUUAGAGGUUGAUUUUGGUGUUACUUUGUUUCUAGCAAUGAUAAAAGUUGCUAGUCACCCUUUAUACUACGCGGAUGAAUUUAGCAUACGUUAUGCUGUAAAUUAUACGAUUUGGCAUAACAUUUCAAAUGCAGAUGGUGGUGAACUUAUAUUUAGGAAAAGUAAAUCUGGAAUUGAAUAUUUAUCCUUUCCUUUCCCCAUCUAUGCUCAACAUUUACGAAUUUACCCUGUGUCUUAUCGUGGGUCCUUCUUUCAACUGGAAUUAGAUGUUGUUUUAUGCAACACAUUUGGUGAGCAUCACGAAGUUCGAAAAUCAGUUAAUACACAUGAGGUGCAAAUAAGUUUUGAUGAAUCUGUGAUUUAUCUUUUCCACUCUACGAGGUGUCACAAAUGUUGUUACGUUGAAUGUUAUUUUGUUUAUGAACAAUAUAUUGGAAUUGAUGGCAUGGAUCAACCAACCAAAAAAAUAGUCCAUUUUGAGGGCAGUAGUGUUCCUAAAAAUUCUGAUGCAUUUAGAGUGGAUAAAUAUGGAUAUUUCAUUAGAAUUCAAUACAAUGGACAACCUCGAAUAACAAAUUCAACUAACUCUUAUGUUUAUGUGAAUAAACUUUGUAAAUCCUACGACUUUAUUUCUGACGAAUACAUACUGUGCCUCGGAAUCGACAGCCAAGUCUAUAGAAGCUCUUUGCCAGGAACUCCGGAUUUUACACUUAUUGCGCCUUGUUGUGUUUAUCAGAUUGUAGUUAGUGAUGCAACUGGAAUAAUCUAUGGCCUCAGAGCUGGUAAUACUGUUGUUAGCAGACCGUUAACUACAUCACUAGUACCAGGAGAUUGGACAUCACUCCCACCAGUUACAUGUACAAAACUUAGAACUAGCAAAGAUGGUGUUCUGUGGUGUUUAAGUAAUGGCAACAUCUUAGAAUGGAUUCCUUCCAAGGGUAGAUGGACAUUAGCAAUGUCUAGAAGCAACUGUUUAGACUUUGAUGUUGCUAGUACAUAUAUUAUAUGUUUACAUUCUCAUGAUUUAAAGAGGUACCCAAGAUCGCCUGAAGACAAUUCUGGCUUAUAUAUGUUUCAUGGGUUAACUCGGCAGCAUUACUCAACAUCAUAUGAAAAUACUCUUUACAUCUAUGAUUUUGUUGGUGGUGGUGUGUAUAGUUAUACUCUUUAUGAACGAACCACUCCUCCACCGACAUUGUUGAGAACAGUGUCACCUGAAUAUAGAGAUGUGUGCCGUCGUAUUUAUGGUGGUCCUGCCAACUGGUUAUACUGCAUUGAACCUUCUGGUAUUCGAUAUAUUAACAAUAAUAUAGAUAUCCUCCGUUAUGAAGGGAAAAUAAUGGACAUUGACUUUUAUGCUGAUGCAAAUUUUAUUUUAUUUCUUAAUGUCUCUAAAGAUGUUGUUCAACUGGUUCCGGAUGGUGGUUAUUUAGUUUUUAAUGCAUAUUUGGCAUAUGGACAUGAUAUUGUGGAAUUUGAAUAUGACAAAGCCAAUGAUACUCUUUACACUUUAAAGGAUGAUGGAAAUAUUUACAAACAAAAAGACAGUAUCACUGCAGAAUUAUACUUAACAGGCCCUUGUGUUAGUUUCCGUAUGUCUCCCAAUGGGCUUUGUUUCUGUUUGUACCAAGGGAUCUGGUUUCUGUCAGUUUUGAAUUCAUGGCAUGUUGUUUUCAAUGAAUAUGAAUGUACAUCUUUCCAUGUGACAAAUACAGCUGUCUUCUGUCAUACACAUGAUCCCCAUUACAUUUUCAGCAAAGUAUUACCAAUUGGAAAAGAUUAUUUAUCAGAAUUUCCAAUUAUCUCAUCUGGUCUUCAAAGAGUUAAACAAAAGAGUAGUGGAACUGGAUUCCAAGUUUCUUUAUCAUCAGCUCAUUCAUCCUUAAUAGUAUCUGUUCAAACAUCCACAAUGCUAACACGAGCAGUCUACCCUGUAAAUAUAAGUGAAGGAUUGACAAACUGGAAUGAUUAUGCUUUCAUAUGGUCAAGAGAAAAUAACAUUAUUUCAUUGUAUUUAAAUCAAACACUAGUGGCUACUAAGCAUGGUGUGGUUCAUAGUGCUAUCAAAUCAAAUGGAAAUGAUUUUGUUAUAAUUGGUGGCUAUUAUGAUCAUCUAGCAGCAUUUGAACAAAAUUUCGCUCUAAGAGACUUAAAAGUUUGGAAACAUAAUUUUACUCAUGAUAAAUUUGUUUCUAAGUUUAAAAACGUUGUUAUAUCUGGACCAGUUCCAGCAACAUACGAAAAUGAUUGCAUUAGCGUGGCUAUUAACAAAGAUAAUGAUCAGUGGAUUUGUGGCACUACUGAAAAUGGCAUCUUUGUACAUCCUAUAGAACCAUCUGUAUCGAAUAACAAGUGGAAAUAUCAUUCUGAUAAAAGUUGCAAGAAGUUGGAAUACAUGGUUGGUUAUCUAUUUUGUUUGGAUUCAAAUAAUACAUAUUUGUACUUGUAUUUUAAUAAAAGCUGGAUUGAGUUAUUUUCAUCAGAGGAAGUGAAGGACUUUACCUUAGCACAUGAUGAACAACAUAUUCUUGUAAAUUUCUUGAAUAAUCCUAGUUACCACAAGUUUCCUUUAAAAGAUUAUAUCAGGUGUGCAUUGACAAGCAGGACCUGCACUGGUUACAGUUCGAUUAAUUACCAUGGAGAUUUUGCUUUUUUUAGCAAUAAGGCUAAUUAUAUCUUAUCCAAGAAUAAUUUAAAUUAUGACUUGCGAAACUAUGGUACAUAUCAAACUGGCACUGUUCGUGAUACGAUAUCGCAAGAAUGCAUACUUCCAUACAUUUACAAUCAUAUUCUAUGGUGUGUGAAUGCUAAUGGUUUUUUAUACAAAAGAACUGGUAAAAAGUGGUUGUUUGAAAUGGAUCAAUAUUGUAAUGAUUUUAAAGUGACUGAAAGCUAUAUUCUUUGUGUGAAUGGCACUGUUUUUAUUAAAUGGCGAUCUAAAGUUGAAGAGAGCAUCACAUUUUCCGAAACUGAGUAUGGUGAAAGUCAAAAUUUUGCCCGUAAGAUAUCGACAUCAUGUUCCUAUUGGCCAUGCAAGUCUGGUCCACUCUAUGAUGCAGAUAUAUACCAAGCCGCUGCCAUGCAAAAGUCUUACUAUCUUGGUAAUAAGACAAGGUUUUUUGAUGCAGCAAGCACUACUUGUAAAAGAAAUGGUGGUUUACUUGCAAGUAUUCACAGUGACGAGGAUGUCAACGAUCUUUCCAUGGUAUCUAGCAAGUAUGUGUCCACAAAAAAUGUGAUUGUUGGCCUAAAAGGGAGCAGUUGGCAGGAUGGUUCACCUUAUGAUUAUCAGCUAUUUACUUCCGAUGCAGAUAAAGAUAGCAAAGAUUGUGCAGAAUUUAAUCCACACAUUAAUCCAACAGAUUGGAGUAGAAUAUCUUGCGAUAUUAAAAAACAAUUUAUGUGUCAAAGUAAUGGACAUGUAUUACGCAAGUUUUAUCAAGUGAUGAAUAUCAGUUUUUGGAAUCAAACACAAUGCAUAACCAUUCCUUACAGCGAUCCAUUUCGAUUGGCUGCCUUACCUGAUCCUACCACAACCUUUACAAUUUUUGUGAUGAAAAAUUAUUUUGGUGAAAAUCCUUUGAUAACAUAUGCAGCAUUUCAACUGUUUAGCGAUGUAGCAUCAAGUACAAAAAAUACGAUACAAAUUGGACUGUUACAACAAAAUUACACAAACUGUUUAUCUAUGAAUUCAUUUGACCCUAUUGGGAAAUAUUUAUCAUCAAAACAAACAUUAAUAUGGGAAAGUAAAUCAUUUCAGGCUGAUAACAAAGUCUUUACUGAAGAUAUUUCUCCUCUUCUGCGGAAUUUUAUUGAUACCUAUAGAACAGCUGUGGAAAAGCCUGAGUUCAUUCCAAUUGUAUUUUUCUGGAAACAUCCUGGUCCAUUUGCAAAACGAAUGAAGUAUAUGAGGUUGCUAGUCACUUAUUAUCAAAAAGAAAAUAACAAUUUUUUGGAGUUCUUACCAAGAUAUUAUUCAGCCAAGAACCUACCUAACCAAUAUACAACAUAUGCUUUUCCAAAAAAUCGACAGAGUUUUUCGUUUUGGUACCACAUGUAUGGGGAUUUUGUUGGCAAGUUAUAUGUGUGGUUGAUUGAUGCAGUUAAUGUGAAAGAACCGCUAUUGGUGUUUGUGAAGGAAGGCAAUCAGGGUGCAUUGUGGAGGAGAGCAAUUAUCAGUUCUCCAGAAGAUGGAGUGAAUUGGAAGCUUAAAUUUUGUGCCUUCAGAACUGAUUGGUAUACGGGACAUAUUGCCAUAGAUUCAAUCGAAUCAGCUACUGCAGAUUAUGGCAACAACUCAACUGACUUUAUGCCUGAUUACAAGUUCAAAGUAAACACUUUAAACCCGACACUCUUGAAGAAAUUUGGAUUGAUUCAACCAAGUUUGUUGUACUCAUUCAAACAUUCUCUUAAUGAUUUCUCUGGCAAUGAUUUACAUAUCGUACCACACGCAGAGUUAUCUUACCAAUGGAAGGAAGACAAACUUUUGUUUCCAUUACAUGCAUUUCAUGUUUCAAAAUCAUCAAACGAUGCUAUCUUAAAGGUGGUUGAUCUCUCCAGCAUUUUAGGUGGUAUUAAAGAAGAAUUUUCAAUAAUAUUUCACUUAAGACCAACACUACAAGAAAAUGAAGUAACAUUUUUCCAGUUUGGUGAUCAACCUGCUGAAAACUUUCAAGUAAACAUAGACAAUAGCAAAUUGCUUUUAAAACAUUCUGGUGAUACUUUAUAUACAUCAUCUUGGGACCUGACCAAUGGGACUUGGACCUAUGUUGCUGUAACAUACCUGAAUGAGACAAUAUCUGUUUACAUGAAUAAUACGGUUGAUGAUGUCACAGCAGAGUUGAAGACGUCAUUGUUCACAUUUCCCAGCAGUUUAUAUUUUUUCCGUGAUCCAUCGAAGCUUGGUUCUCCACCGACUGACUUUUUUAAAGGUUCAAUUUCUUGUUUUCAAUUUUACAAUGCAACCAUGACAUCCAACCAAGUUGAAGCUUUAGAAUUCUGUCCAGAUCGAUUAGAGCUGAAGUCCUGCGAAUAUAGCUGUUCCAAUGGUGGUGUUUGUGUGCCCCUUAAGCGUAUGUGUAAAUGUCCUUCGUCCUUAAAGAGAUACUAUGUGCAAGAAACCUGUCAAAAUGGUUUUCAUGAUGGUUUGUUUAAAAAUGCCAUAAGUUAUGUGAGCUUUGACAGAUCACUCCAGGAUGAAAAAAAAUUCUUCUCCGCGUUUAAUGAAGGUUCAAGUUAUCUUGUCUCAUCUCCAAUAAAUUCAGGAAGAUGUAUCGAAAAAACAAGUGUGAUAAUUGCACGUGCCUUUGAUAAUUGUGCGUUAGAUUUGGAAGGAUGUCCAAAUGGUUUUGCAGUUGCCUUUUGGCUUUACAUUGAUCAGAACGAGGACAAGAAAUCUGUUGAAUUGUAUCGCUUUGGAAAUUUAGUCAUUACUGCAGACUUUAUCUUCAAUUUAAAUUCUUCAGUUAGAUUUGGAUAUAUUAUGGGAAACAUAACAUGGCAUUCAUCUGUUGCCAUAUGUUCAGGACAAGUAGAUUUACCAUUCAAAGCUUGGUUUUAUAUAAAUAUAAUUGUCAAUAAUUCAAGUGUACUUUUAUGGAGAAUUAAUGGCGAGAAUGGCAAUGAAGCCAACUGCUCUUCAUUAGCCAACGAUUUGUCAAUCUCUGACACAUCUCUUUCCUUUGGAAAUGUAUCAAAGCUCUGUAUUGAUGAAUUUGUAAUGUACAAUCGAGUGGAAAAUCUGGAUUCGUAUUACAACCGAUUGAGUAAUCAUAUAGGUGAUGAAUUAGCUAAAAAAGUGAAUUACUACCCAUGGUUGAGAUUCGAAGUGUCAUCCAAUGACACAAUAUGGAGUGAUGACUUGCAAAAUGAAGAAAGUGUCGUUUACGUUAAUGUUAAGAAAAACUUUGAAGAUGCUAUAAUUUCUUGGAUGGAAUUUUCAAUCUGGGAUCAAGGUUACAAGGUUGAUGUCAAACGAUUUUCGAAAACAUCUGACGGUACAGUUUCUGCGGAGUUAAAUUUCUCAUUCAAGCCACCUUUACCACGUACCAUCGUUCAUAGUCUUACCAGCACAUAUUUCUACGAGCAUCAUGGCCAUUACUAUAAAUUUGAAAGAAGUAAUUCUUCCUUUGGAGUACCUGCCAUUGCUGUUGAGUACGAAGCAGAAGGGCAAUAUGAUAUAAAAAUCAACAUUUUAAAUUCGCAUUCAAUAGAUGCAACAAACCAUAAAGGUUAUGCGGUUUAUUAUCAUGGAAAUUACCCUAACACCACUGUGGAAUAUUUGCCAGAGCAGGAGCAUUUCUUUUACACUGGUGUUGACAGCAUAUUGAUAUCAGAGCUUACACCUUAUCGUGAAUACUACCUAUCCAUUUAUAGAAUUACUCAUCAGGGUUUUGGCCCUCCUGCAAACAGUACAGUUAUUUUAUUAUCACCAUCAGUGAACACACACCCUCCUACAAUCUUAGAAGCAUCGCCGCACAAUAGCACGUCAAUCAAACUGAGAUGGGAAGAAUACGAUUUUUUCUACUGGAACGCUCCAGAUCUUUUAUGUUAUCAAAUACUUUAUAGAAAAACUUCCGAAGUGAACAACCUAACUGGAACCAUACGUGAAUUUAAUCAUAGUGUUUUGAAUGUUAGUGCUGAUGUGACAGAGUUUGUGUUGGAGGGCUUAGAUGUGUUUACUGAGUAUGAUAUACACAUUGGUACUGUUAAUAAUUUAGGCUUAGGUGCACUUGCAAAUGUUGUUCAAAGAAGCAACGAAGGUGUUCCUGAGUUAGCACCAAAUAUCACAUCAAUUAAACUUGUGAAUGCCACCAUGGUUGCGUUUAAUUGGAGUUUGUUACCACAUGAUAUUGACAUUUAUAAUUCUUUUAAACUAUAUGGAUACGACAUCAGUAUAGUGCCAUUGUUUCCAGAAUUUAACUUAUCAUGCCCAUACAUAAAUGUGCAAAUCGCAAAUAACAUUAGUGAGCUCACGCACCCAGAGAACUGUAAACAUAUGAGAUUCUUCAAUCUUUCAAUCGCUGGUUAUAACAACAUCGGCGUUGGAGUGAAGCAUGAAUUCUGUUACGUUUUAGGCCGAACUGUUCCCCCCCAAAUUCAGGUCUUAAAUACCACCUUUGGACCACAAAUGCCAAAUGAAAUGUCUUCAGUCAACAUUAGCAUUGGUGAUAUUCCAUUGGAGGAUGAAACAACAGUUGUAAUGUACUAUCAAAUUUUGUACCAGUCGUUAGAUUGGGAGGAUAAUGUCACCACUUUUAAUGUUAGUAUAAAUCACACCAAAGCCGAGUUGGAUUAUUGGGAUAUGUUAAAGGAAGUCUUUCUUAAUUGUUCCGACCUGACUUAUCCACAAGUAUCUUCAAAAGUUGUCAACUACAUGCUAACCAUUCAUUACUACACGAACUAUACAAUGACUGGCAAAGCUUGUAGUGAAGAAGGAUGCAGCAAUGAAAAUCUAACCAUUAAAUUUCUCACUGCAGAACAUUCUCCAUUUUGUCCACCACCCAAUGUGAAACUUUUUAAUUCAAGUUCAACAUCUCUAAUAGUCACAUUUGAUGCCUUAUCUCGCCAUUGCUUAUCAGGCGAAUUGCAGUUUUAUGGAUUAAUAUUGUUAGAAACAGAAAAAUAUCUCGAUGUUGUGAGGGAAAAUGUCAGUAUAGAAACCCUUUUAUCAAACGCAACUUUUUAUAACGAAACGUUAUCCAGGGAAAUUGAAUAUUUUGGUUUGCAUGAAUAUUGGAAUUACACAAUACUUGCAUUUGCUCAAAAUAAUGGUGGUAUGGGUUUUGUUUCUGAUCCAGUUUACAAUAUGACGGACCAAGAUGUUCCACACGGCAUCCCUCUUAAUUGUUCGAUUGAGCAUUUUAAUUCAACAUGCUUUACUUUGACAAUCGGGAGACCGGAAAGGUUACUUCAGAAUGGUGUUAUUCAUUUUGAAGUGAAUAUUGUAACUGAGUAUGACGAUCAAAUAUUUCGUCGUGUUGAAGUUGAUGGCGUUUUAACUUCAACAGUGUUUUUUAACGUAACGAAAUUCACCCAACUCAAUAUUUCCAUCAGUGCUGUUACUUUGAAAGGGAUUGGUCCUGAAGUCGUAUUACAAAAUCGGACUUUGGAAGAUAUACCAACGCUUCCCCCAGCAAACUUUAAUGUAAGUUUAUUAUCCAACGAUACAUUUGUACUAUCAUGGGAAGAUAUACCACCGCGGUCUGUUCAUGGCAUCCUUCAGCAUUAUCAUUUGUAUGGUUGUGGUGUCUUACAUAAUGCUUCAUUACAUUGCUUUGAUCGAAAUAUAACGCAAUACAAUGCGACGUUCACUGUGUUUCCUGGCACGUUCUACAAUUUCACCAUUGCUGGAUGCACUAGGGUUGGAUGUGGAGCAAAGGAUAACAUAUUCACAAAAUCGCUAGAUAUGGUUCCAAAUGGACCUGUCCGGCAUUUACUUGCUCCAAACAUUACAGCAAAUUCGAUAAAUCUAACAUGGCUGCCAGUCUUUCCAAUGAAUCGGCGUGGGAUAGUUACUCACUACAACAUAACUGUUGUAAAUACCUUGCAUGAAUGGCAAACUAUAGAAGAUCAAAAUGAAGACACUUGGAUUUCCAAUACAACGGGUGUUUUGGUAGACGGCUUGGAUAAUUAUACGUUGUACCAUUUAAGCGUGGCAGCUUGCACCUCGGCUGGAAAAUCAUUUGUUUCUGUCCAAAGAAGCUACAAAACGAAACAGAAUGUACCCAGUGCUCCUCCAUUGAAUGUUACAGCCUACGAUACCAGCAGUAGUAGCCUGAAUAUAAGUUGGAUACCAUUACCAAAAUGGUAUCAUGAAGGAGUACUACUGGGAUACGUUAUCUUCUUUGAAGUUGAAGAGGGUUUUACAGACAUCAGAAGGGGACGAACAAAAGGGGAACAUUACUGCAGCACCUCAAGUUGUGAAUUGACUGAUUUAUCACUUCAUACACCUUAUGUUAUUUACGUGGCUGGUUAUACUGAAGUUGGGUAUGGAGUUUUGAGCGUAGUUGCGAAUGGUACAACAGGAGAAUUCACUGAUGGAAACUGGACAUCAUGGACGAAUUGGGGAAACUGUGCGAGGAGUUGUGGAUUAGGAUAUGCAAUGAGACAAAGGUGGUGUACAAAUCCUGAACCAGAGGAAGGUGGAGACUAUUGUCCCGGAGAGAGACAAGAAUUCCGACCUUGUAACGACUUUCCAUGUCCAGGGUAUUAUUUAGCAACACCUGGAGAUAACUGCAGAUCAACAUGCGAAAACUUAGGAGAAGAGUUUGGGUGUGCUUUGGACUUAAAUUUUCAAAACACUUCAAGGUAUUUUGAAGACGUUAUUGAUGGUUAUAAUUACACUCGAACCAUCUAUGUAAAAUGCAACUCAUCUGUGCAGACAAAUUUUUAUUCUCGAAAAUAUGAUCCGAGCUUAGUUCUAAGCAGCGGUAUUUGCCGGGGAUAUGUUAAUGUGCCUGUUAAAAUCGAUUGCGAUGCUACUGGAGACAACACAGUCAGGAGAUUAUGUAGAUGUAUCGACAAAGAGAUGGCUCAAUAUAGAGAAUGGGCUAAUUGGGGCUUAUGCAAUAAAGAUUGUGGUACUGGACGUUACCAAAGGUACAGAGAAUGUAUUGUUGCAGGAGGCUGUACUGGAACUUCUCUGGACAAACGAGAUUGUAAUGUUCACCCCUGCCCAGUGGAUGGUGAGUGGGGUGGAUGGUCGUCUUGGUCUAAUUGCUCAGCAACUUGCGGUUUUGGUUAUCAACAAAGGAGCAGGAACUGCGAUUCACCUGCUCCCGCUUUCAAUGGAUCUUAUUGUGUCGGAGACCACAAUAUUGAUAUAAAAGAAGGAUGCAAUCCAAUGCCGUGUCCAGUUCAUGGACAAUGGGGUGAUUGGCAGGAAGUUUCAGAGUGCAAACAUUCUUGUGGAUUUGAUGGAGUUCGAGUUCAAAAACGAUAUUGUGAUGAACCUGCACCGCUCUAUGGAGGUGCUGAUUGCGUUGGCAAGAACAGUAGAAACUUUUCAUGUAGCGAGAAUACUAUAUGUUUGCCUGCUUUAUAUGUUUAUACUGUACGAUUUACUGAAGAGACAUGGGAGUUUCCAAUGUAUCAAAUAACAAACGAGAAAUCUGUGAAUUUGAGUAAAAAGAUUGAGAAAGAGUUAAGAGUGUUCUAUAAUGCCAGUGAAGUAUCGAAACAAACCGAGAAUGUCGAGAUUGAAUUUCUGUCAAUGUCGCGAGGCAGUGUUAUUGUACAAUUUAGCAUUUUAUAUGAUGCUGUUCCAAGUAUCGAAUCAUUAGUAUUACAACAUACUGUGGAAGAUGGUCUUCUUAACACCAUGCCAACAUCUUUGGAGGACAUUUCUAUCAAUACACUUCCAACGGGACCAGUUAAAACUGUCAUGGCCUUCUCUCCUACUCCAUUUUCAAUCAACGUCAGCUGGAGCCCAAUUAAUCAAACCUUAUUGAACGGAGCACUCAACCUUUAUCAAGUAUAUUACCGACCACGCGAUCGAAGUGUGCCAUGGGAUAAUUUUGGCACAAACAAUUUGACGUACACAAUAAUUGACUUAACACCAGGGGCGUGGUAUGAAAUCCGCGUGGUAACUGCAAUUAGUUCAGGAAACGGUGUUGCAAGUUCUCUCAUUGAGAUACAAACUAUAGAAGGAGUGCCGUACAUCAAACCACCAUCUUGCACCCAUCAAAUUAUGGAUUUUAACACAGUUUAUUUUUCAUGGGACCACAUUCCUAGUCACGAAGUACCUGGCAAUUUACUUGGGUAUAACAUUACUUAUCGUAAAUACCACGGAGAAAAACACCAUACAGUUUUAGUUGAUAACACGAUGGAGCAAAGAACGGUGGAGAGUUUCAAAGCAUACACGUGGUACUGGGUUGAGGUUGCUGGAUAUACAAGUGCAGGCGUUGGCCCUCAUGAAGUGUUUGUGUUCCGAACCCCUCCUGGAGCUCCUGGUGUACCACCGCCAAAUGCAACAGCUAUUGACCUUUAUUCAACUACAGAAUUGACAGUUACUUGGGAUUUUAUUCCUAAAGAAGAAGAGAAUGGUUUCUUAACCGGGUACAGAAUAUUCUACAAAAGAUUCAUACAAGGAGGCAUAUAUUUAGUUGGGGAAUCAGUAAAUGAUAUUAUAUUAGAUAGACACACUUCGAUGUACAGAGUGGAAGGAUUGGAAAGUUAUACGACUUAUGAAUUUCAGAUAUUUGGAUAUUCAGUGUAUGGUGAUGGUCCAAUAGCAACGGUUUAUGGACGAACAUGCAAAUGUCCAAAAUAUCUAUUCAGUAAUUGGUACGAAAUUAAACCUUACAUUGAACAAGUUGGGUCUAAUCAAGAUGGCAUUGUCAAGGGCUUGUUUCCGGAUUUAAUGUCCAUGGUCGUAAAUGCUGUAUGUGUAGAUUGCAAAGGAUAUAAGCCCAGAAUUUACUACAACCGAACGCGUGAUGGAAGAGUGUCAAAAAAGACAAUGUAG